GCACAUCUACUCAUAAAGCACAUCUGCAUACAGCUGCUGGCCAAGGUGUUAGCAGCGCGCGUCAGGGACGCCGCGACGUAAAAGACUGAAUACAACAGCCAGCAAAAUGAGACGGAGUUAAAAGGACCACAGCAGAAGAAUUAGAGCAAUGAAUAAAGUGUGAUGUAGGAAAGCAGCACAGAGUAAAACACAAAUGGAAACUGGUCGGCUAAAAGACAGGAAUGUGUAAAGAGGAGGAGAUCAAAACAAACCGCUACAGAAAGGUGAGGACGUGAAUGAAAACAGGGCAGGCAGCAAGACUGGGACACAUUUUAACUACGGUGAUGGGCCAAGGGUAGAGUGAGGAUAUCCAGCAGGCUGACGCGUGAGCUCCAUUACCGGUGUUCAAUAAUCCACUAACACGAAGUGACCAGGAGGGGGCGCCACACGUCUGUCUAACAGAACGAGUCUCCUAAGGAGGACAAGAAGCUCUUGAACCUCAGUGCUCAGGCGGAGUUGGUUUAACGGUCACAUGCAGGGGCCAGUGGCAGUUCCUGCAGCCAGAUGAGGCUUGAUGCUUCGCCUGAGUGGUGCAUUAUGGGUGAUAGUCACUUCCUGUUCUCUGUGGUUUCAGCAGGUUGUUUAUAACCCUAACCGCAAAGUCAGCAUGCAGAGUUUCACUGGUUACAAACAAAAACACGCUGGUUCAGGAAUAAGACUGAAGAACAUGUUUACAGUUGUGUUUACUAGAGGGGUCGGUUAGAGUAUUCACCUGUCUGGGGACGGUCUGCUCAAACAUCUCCUGCGGCGUUAAGGGAGCAGCUGAGGCCAUUGUCAUAAUCACAGUGAAGAUCUGAGCCUGUGACUUCACCGUGAGGUUCCCAGACCAACCCGCAAAGCCAAACCUCAAAACGGACUCUUGCUCUAUAGAAACCACCGUCAUCCGUGGACAGACACCGGAGAAGAAGUCAGGUGUUGUUGCUCUGCUGGUUUCAGAGGAAACAAAGUUUGUGUGUGGCUUUUAGAGCAACAGGAAACCAGAACUUCAGCAGCUCCUCUGUGUGUGUGUGCGGGGGGCUAACUAUAAACUCAUCAGAGGGUCCAUCAGCAAGAUGGAGGACACAUCUCAGCCCUGGAUCUUCUGUGAGUGACCUCCAUCCUUCUGUGUGGAUGACACCAGGAGUCCAGCAGAACCUAGAACCUGCUCCUCUGCUCAGAAGUCCAUCGCCAUCAGCUGUUGUCUCCUGGCUGGACUCUGGAGUUUGGUGUUCUGGUUUCUACUAACUUUGUUUUAUUUCCUUUAGUCCUGAUGUCUCUGCUGAGCUGCUCACCGCCCAGCCAGGCUCGUCUGAUUGUCAGCAAGAACCAGGCUCAGCUGUUUGAAGGAGACCUACUAUCUCUGAGCUGUGAGGACACCAUGUCCACAGGAUGGACCCUGAGGAGGAACACAACCGAAGAAACCAGGACCCAGUGUGGAGCUGACUGGGGGCUGCUAAAGGGUUCCUCCUGCACCAUCAGCUACGUCACCCCUUGGGAAACAGGCGUGUACUGGUGUGAGGGAGUGGGCGGGGCAUCCAGCAGCAGCAUCAACCUGACUGUCACAGGUGGACCAGUGGUCCUGCAGAGUCCUGUCCUCCCUGUGAUGGAGGGACAUGAUGUCACUCUCAGCUGUCAGUCAAAGACCCCUCCCUCCAGCCUCACAGCUGACUUCUAUAGAGAUGAUGUCAUCAUAGGGAGCCAGCCUACAGGUCACAUGACCCUCCAGCGAGUCAGCAGGUCUGAUGAGGGCCUCUACAGGUGUGAGAUCAGGGGUCAUGGAAAGUCUCCAUCCAGCUGGCUCUCUGUCACAGGUGGGAUCCCGUCUACAAGUAGACCUACAACCAGAGCCCCGCCUACCUCCGUAGCUUCGCCCCCGAGCUCCUUCUCACUCCAGGUCAAACUGCUCCUGCUCCUAGUGGUUUUCUGUCCCUACUUCAUCUCCACCCUCCUCAUGGUGUCUUUGUAUCGCCGCAGAGCUGCAGGAGGAGACCUCUCCAUCUCUAAGGUGAUGUCUCCACACAGGAAUACUGAGCAGGGAUUGGAUGCUGAUUAUGAUGUCAUCACAGAACAUCACUUCUGACCUUCUGAUGUCAUCAACCCACCUCUUUUGUUUUAAUAUAAAUAGAAUAAUUAACCGCAGCAGGUUUCUGGCAAUCAAUCAACCAAACUGAGUGAAGCUCAGUUAAUCAAUCACACCCAAAAACAUUUCUCUGUGUUUUUGUUUUAUAGAGUUGGUGAGAAUAAAAAUCUGAUUAUUA